AUGUUAGCCGUGGAACCGUGGAUAUUUCAACCGAAAUCCAGCACGUACAGUUUCAAAGAAUUCGCUGUGUCAUCGAACUCAGAAUCGUGCAACGAGGAAGCCAGAAAACGUGCAGCAUGGGCAGCUUUCGGAUCGAUUCGCGAAGUAACAGAUCAAGUAAAUGAUCCAGAACUAAAAGCUUCGAUAUUCAACGCCUCAGUAUUGCCGGCAAUGUGCUACGCAACUGAAACUUGGCCCAACAACAAGACAAUCGCCAAGGCCAUGCAAACUGCUCAUCGUGCAUUAGAA